ACCUUGUAGAACUUGAAUGUAUUCUCAGGUCUUCAUCAUUGAUGUCUAGCAAAGAGUAAAUACUCCAAGUUAACAGGCCUGUUUUCAGUAGGACGACAAUCAUACACUAAUACAAGAUGGAAGAUUCAUACAAAGAUAGGACUUCAUUAGUGAAAGGAGCAAAAGACAUUGCCAAGGAGGUGAAGAGACAAGCAGUGAAAAAAGUGAAUAAAGCUGUAGAUAAAGCUCAGGAUGGAUACACACAACAAUCAUAUAAUAGAUUCCAAGAUGAGGAAGAAGAUAACUGUUAUGCCCAUGGAGGAGAUUAUGGUGGAGAAGCCAAUGAUGAUGAAGGGUCAAGUGAAGCAACUGAAGGGCAUGAUGAAGAUGAUGAAAUCUAUGAAGGGGAAUAUCAGGGAAUCCCAAACAUGGGCCAGGGAAAGGAUGGCAUGGUGGCCUUAGGGCAGCCCAUCCAGGAUGAAUAUAAGGAUCGUAAUGAACUGGAAACAGAGAGGAAAGCUGAUGAGGAAGAACUAGCACAGCAGUAUGAGCUGAUCAUACAAGAAUGUGGCCAUGGUCGUUUUCAAUGGGCCCUCUUCUUUGUUCUUGGAAUGGCUUUAAUGGCUGAUGGCGUAGAAGUUUUUGUGGUUGGAUUUGUGUUGCCCAGUGCUGAGACAGACAUCUGCAUACCCAAUUCUGGAUCAGGAUGGUUAGGUAGCAUAGUGUACCUUGGGAUGAUGGUGGGGGCAUUCUUCUGGGGAGGCUUGGCAGACAAGGUGGGAAGGAGGCAGUCUCUCCUGAUAUGUAUGUCUAUCAAUGGAUUCUUUGCCUUCCUUUCAUCAUUUGUCCAGGGCUAUGGCUUCUUUCUCUUCUGUCGCUUAUUUUCUGGAUUUGGAAUUGGUGGAGCUGUUCCAGCAGUAUUCUCAUAUUUUUCUGAAGUCCUUGCACGAGAGAAGCGUGGUGAACACUUGAGUUGGCUAUGCAUGUUUUGGAUGAUUGGAGGAAUCUAUGCUUCUGCCAUGGCCUGGUUAAUAAUUCCACAUUAUGGAUGGAGUUUCAGUAUGGGAUCUGCCUAUCAGUUUCACAGCUGGCGAGUAUUUGUGAUCGUCUGUGCACUGCCCUGUGUCUGCUCUGUGGUAGCACUCACAUUCAUGCCAGAAAGUCCAAGGUUCUUGCUGGAGGUUGGAAAACAUGAUGAAGCUUGGAUGAUUCUCAAACAAAUUCAUGACACAAACAUGCGAGCUCGUGGUCAGCCUGAAAAAGUUUUCACAGUUAACAGAAUCAAAACUCCAAAACAGAUAGAUGAGCUCAUAGAAAUUGAGACUGACACAGGAACUUGGUAUCGAAGGUGUUUUGUUAGAAUCCGCACAGAGUUAUACGGUAUUUGGUUAACAUUUAUGAGAUGUUUUAACUAUCCAGUCAAAGACAAUACAAUCAAGCUAACAGUUGUAUGGUUCACUCUGUCGUUUGGCUACUAUGGCCUAUCUGUUUGGUUUCCCGAUGUCAUUAAACAUCUGCAGUCAGAAGAAUAUGCAUCUAGAGUGCAGCAUUUUUAUGGGAAGAAAUAUCUUGAUACCAACUUCAAUUUCACGUUGGAAAAUCAGAUCCACAUUGAUGGAGAGUUUACAAAUGCCAGGUUUACUACAAUGAAGUUUAAAUCAGUAACCUUUCAAAAUUUCCAUUUUGAUAACUGCACAUUUGAAGAUGUUACUUCAAUAAACACAUACUUCAGGAACUGCACUUUUAUAAAUACCAGGUUCUCCAACACAGAUUUUGAGAAAUAUAAAUUUAUUGACAGUAAAUUUCUGAACUGUUCAUUUUUUCACACCAAUACGGGAUGUCAGAUUACCUUUGAUGAUGACUACAGCGCCUAUUGGAUUUACUUCGUUAAUUUCCUGGGAACUUUGGCAGUGUUACCAGGGAAUAUUGUGUCUGCUCUUCUCAUGGACAGAAUUGGGCGUUUAACAAUGCUAGGUGGAUCGAUGGUUCUCUCUGGAAUUAGCUGUUUUUUCCUUUGGUUUGGUACCAGUGAAUCUAUGAUGAUAGGUAUGCUGUGUCUCUACAAUGGUCUCACCAUCUCAGCAUGGAACUCCCUGGAUGUCAUUACUGUGGAACUGUAUCCUACAGACAGAAGGGCAACAGGCUUUGGCUUCUUGAAUGCACUAUGCAAAGCAGCAGCUGUACUUGGAAACUUAAUAUUUGGUUCCCUUGUUGGCAUCACCAAAGCAAUCCCUAUUCUCCUAGCUUCUACUGUUCUAGUAUGCGGAGGUCUGGUAGGACUUCGACUUCCUGACACACGAACCCAGGUGUUAAUGUAACUGGAAAAAGCCAUUUAUGAGUUAUUUCCCUCUCCUUACAAGUGUCAACUCUCCUGACUGAAAAGUGCAAAGGCUUCAGAUUUUCAGCACACAGUAAGGUAUCAGAUAGCAGAAAUCAAACUCAAAAUGAGAUGUUUUUGCUGUGAUUGUGGUUUAGAAACCACUGUAAGAAAGUUUUAAAUCUCACAUUUUCUUUUCAUACUUUGCUGUUUAAGACUUUUUAUCUUUCAAACUGCAAAGCUACCUCUUAAAACAUUUUCAAGAGACACAUUCAGGACAAUAAGAUCAUGCAGAUAGUUGUUUAAAAAUGCAAGCAUAUUGUCACAUCACUUUAAAAAUAUGUCCUAGAUUUGGCUGUAACAUUGUGAGCUUCUGUAGCAUCACAAUAAGUCAAUUAUUUAAUAGUACCAGUGCAGUAACUGUUAGUCUUACAUGUAUCAAUGUAUGCAGUAUUAAACAGGAAGCUAUAUAUACUGCAUCAGUACUGAGAAUACUGAUUCUCUGUGUGACUAUAUUUAAACAGUAGAGACUUCCUACUUUCUCAGAAAGGGCAUAGACAGGUAGUAGUGCCUCUUUACAGGAAACCAUUUUAUGUAGAUUCAAUCUAGAGCAAAGAUUAAUGAUUACAAGCAUAAUACUAAAACUAUAUGUGUGAGGAGAAGGCAAUAAUUGCUACAAAAAACAGCAAAACUAAUAAUACUAAAAAAAUAUUCGAGAAGCACUUUUACUCUUGGUUCCUCCAGAGCAUAUUAAGAAAUAUUGACAUUCCAUGUCUGGGAUUUUCUGACUAUUCUAAAACAAUGGGCUUUGUCUUACCUAUUUUAUAUUUCCUAGUGUAAGUAGAAGCAAUUCUUCUGAAGGCAAUAGUUACACUAGUGUAAAACCAGUGUGAGUGAGGAAAGAAUCAGGCCAGUAGCAUAACUUGGGGUGGGCCAGGGGAUCUCCAGCCCUGAGUACAGAUUUAUCAGUGGAGUCAGAAUGGUGUCCGCUGGGAAGCUGAUGCUGCAGGGGUUGUUGCAGCUGGUGUGUGAAGAGCCUGCACUGCAGCAUCUGCAGCCUGAGCCCACCACGGCAGCAGUAGUCCUGUGCCCCUGCUGGGUUGGCUGCUGCAGCUAAGGUGCAGUGACCCUGCACUGUGGCAGCAGCAGUGAGAUCUUUAAGUCUCAGGAUGAGGUACAACUCACUGGUAACCCUUCCAUCUGCACCCCAGCUGGGCACAGAAGCCUCCCUCCCCUUUCCCGUCCCUUUGUCCAGGGUGCCAGAAGUGCUAAAAAUAGCUAAGUGGAUCCUCUGAAUAAGGCCAAUGUCUGUAUGAAAAUAAACUGCUUUAGGAGGUAAGCCAAAGUCCUUUUUUAUUUCAUUUAUGAAUUCUUAUUCCUCUGGUAACCUUUAGUUGUUAAAUAAUACAUUUUGUAUUAGAGUACCUCCUACUAAUUUAGUCACUGGUUAACUUCAGCCUCUGCUUAGUGUAAUCAGAACCUCUGGAACCAAGUGCUUUCUCUUUAAAAUCAAAACCAAAACCAAACUAAAAACCCCACUUCACUUCCACACUUUAAGAAGCUCAGCAAGAUUCCAUCAUGUAGCCAUUCGUACAGCUGGUAUAUAUUUUUUUAAAAUUAAGCGUUGUCUUAUUUAACACUU